AUGGCCGCAACGCCGGAGGACGUCGCGGAGCCCGAGCCCUUCUCCCCCUCGGUCUUCCUCGACCUGCCUCCGACGCCCCAUCCCCAACCCGACGGCGACGGCGAGGACCUGCAGGCCUCGUCGGACGACAUGGUGCUCCCCUUCAUCCGGCGCAUGCUCAUGGAGGAGGAGGAGGACACCGACGACAACAUCUUGUACCAGCAGUACCCCGACCACCCUGCGCUCCACCUGGCACAGCAGCCCUUCGCACAGAUCCUCUCGGCGGGCUCCACCUCCACUGCGACACACACGCACGCCGCCGCCAACGAGUCUGCUUCCGGCUCGUCGGCCACCACCAACUCCAACGGAGCCCCCGCAUUCGCCAACGCUACCUGGCCAUAUGAUCCAGUCGAGCUCUCCCAGCUGCUCCUCUGUAGGACACGCUCCGGCACGGGAGCCGGACUCGACGGUUUCACCGGCGGUGAUGCCAACAACUCCUUUUCCUCGCCGGGACAAGGCAGCGCCAGUGCGUGCGGCCAGGCCCGCGCGUUCUUCAAUGGCGGCGACACGGCCACCAUCCAGAGCUCGAUCCUCGGAUACGGGGUGGGGGUUACCAUGGACAUGCUCAACCAGGCGUUCCUCAAGGGAAUGGAGGCCAACAAGUUCCUGCCCACCACCACCAUCGCCAUUAUUGGAGUCGACGGCGACGCCACCUCCAAAGAGAACCUGCCCAUCAGGGAAGGCAGCAUGCUGCCUCGUGUCUUUGCCUUACCCAACACCAACAGUGUGGUGGAUGGCAGAGUCAGCGGCAGAGGCUGCAAGAACCGGCACAACUGGGAUGACUUGGACGACGACGCCGAGACCGACAGGAGGAGCAACAAGCUGCUGGCACCUGAGCUGGAGGAGAACAGCGAGCAGGUCGACGACGUGUUCGUCAAAGGAUACGAGAUGGCCAUUGAGAAAAUGCAUGGCCUGAGCAUCAGCGACAACAACAGCGAGCAGGUCGACGACGUGUUCGUCAAAGGAGAACAGCGAAGAGGAAGUCAGCAGCGCAGGCCAACGAGGCGGUGGACCACUGGACCUGCGCACCUUGCUCACCCACUGCGCGGAUGCCGUGUCCACGGGCAACCGCCGCAGCGCGGCCGAGGGGAGACGCCUCACAGAGGCUGGCGCACUGUUUCGCCCAGGCGCUCGAGGCGCGGUUCGCCGGCACGGGGGCGCAGGGCCUACAAGCUGUACCUGGAGGUUUGCUCCUUCAAGAUGAUCGCGUUCAGGUUCGCCCACAUCGCCAUCUGCAAGGCCAUUACAGGGAGGAAGAAGGUGCACAUCGUGGACUACGGUGAGCAUCACGGCUUCCACUGGCCACCUUUGCUGGAGGCGUCGAAGGAUCGGGACGGCGGGCCGCCGGAGGUUCCGCAGCGUCGUCGCGUCGAAGUGGGACUGUGGGAGAUGGUUUGCGCCGACGACUUGGACAUCGAGCCUGACGAGGUGCUCAUCGUCAAUGGCCUGUUCCAUUUCGGGAAGCUGAUGGACGAGGGCGUCGACAUUGACAACACAAGCCCUAGGGAUAUGGUCCUGUACUGCUACUCAGCGAUGUUUGACAUCAUGGAUGCAACGACUCCACGGGACAACGAAGAACGCUUGCUGGUUGAGCAGGACAUCCUGGGGUGUUACGUCUUGAAUGCCAGUGCCUGCGAGGGCUCAGAAAGGGUGGAGCGUCCGGAGACAUAUAAGCAAUGGCAGGUGCGAGGCCACCGUAUUCUGAAGGAUGGCUACCACAAGGACUUUGUGGUCGAUGUGGGUCAACAGUGGCUCCUUCAAGGGUGGAAGGGGCGUAUACUCUAUGCCAUGUCGACAUGGGUUGCAGAUGAUGCUAUCUCACAUAGUUGUAGCCAUCCAUUCAACAAGCACGAUACAUGUUUCUGA